AUGACAAUUGCACCUCAACAACAACAGCUGCAACUAUAUGGUCAACAGAGUCACCAAAAUCAAUAUUCUCAACACCAUCGUAACCAACAAAGUGGACAGAGUGGUAAUCAACAGCAGCAGCAACCGCAAUCGUUACUUUACUCUGGUACUUCUUAUCAAGGAUAUUACAAUGAUACUAACUCUCCUAUGGAAUAUGGUCAAGAUCAAAACUUUACUCGCCAGUCAUCUCAAUACAAUACCCAGCAGCAAAUUCAAUUCCAACAGCCUCAACUUAGCACUUUUCAACAAGGUUAUCAGCAAAUGGGAUUUGGUCAACUGCAACUGCAACCGCAAGUGCAACAACUGUCUAGAGUACCUCAACAACCACCACAAGAAUUUAAGACUAAUUUUAUGCAUUUGAACGGUAGUACCCAAUCGCUUGGUAGCGAUAGUACUAGUGCUUCCAUUAGGCUUUUUGAUGAUAGUAAAUCUCAUUCACCUGGUGUUUUAAAGAAUAUUCACUCAUCAAUGUCGAACAAUACAAGUUCAGUUUCACCCCCCAAACUAUUCCUUGGAAACUCGAGUACUUCUGCUUCUGGAUCUAGUUCAGCAUUUAGAAAUUCGAUAUCAGGUCCCAGUUCAAGUGGUGUUCCAGGCACACCCAGUGGCAUUGUGCCUACCUUUUUGAAUUCUCCUUCGCUAUUACCCACUUCCAAUAUUGGAAGUUCGUCUUUCUCUGCAGGUGGUUCUAAUAACAAUUCCAACAGCACUGUGACCUCUUCUACUGGCUGGGGUCAAUCUUCUUCAAUCUGGGGUAAUCAAAAGGUAUCUUUGGGGUCCAACUCCAAUAACUCAGUUGGGUUUUCAUCUUUCACUACUGCCCAGAACUAUGGAGGAUCCAGCAUGUGGUGA